AUGAUAUCACAAUUUAUUUCUAAUAAUCCAAUUAUUUCAUCAACAAAUACACAAACCAUAAUAGAAGAAAAUAAAAUAGAAAAUGAACUUAUUCAACCAUUAUCGAAAUCAAACAAUUAUGUUGAAAAUUUUUCAAUGUCAUUGAUCGGUUUAAUUCCAACUAAAGAUGAUAAACCACAACCAAAAAUAUCUAAAAAUAAUCCAAGUACAAAUAACAGACAACAAUAUAUUAAAGUUCCAUCUCAUAUUCUUACUCGACGUUCACCUGAAGCUUAUAAACAUUUACGAGCUAAAACAGUACGAAUUGGUAAAGUUCGUUGGCCACCACCACUCAAUUCAGACGAAAUUGACCAUGCUAAUCAACAAAGACGAAUGCUUGUGCAACGUCGUAUUCAAGAAGAAAUUCAUGGUAAUACAACAAUAGUAGAACAAUCAUUGAUCACACAAGAUCAUGUUCCUAUUGAAAAACAAAUUCUAUUAUCUAAUAAUAAUAAUACUCUAUCUACAAAUGAUAUUAUUGUUUGUAAUCAAAAACCAUUAACAUUAAUGCUUGAUAAAGAAAAUUAUCAACUUCGUAAAAAUUUAUUUGAACAUGUCGACAAAUCAUCAUUUGUAGGUAUGAAUAUAUCCUUUUCUAUUUAA